GCAAUUGUUUAUUCUUUUCAUUUUUUCUUUCGCAAAAACAAAUUGCAAAUUGUUUAACAAAUAAUCCUUUUUUGUUUUUAUUAUUACUUAUUUUAUACAACAUUUUGAACAAAUUAAAUUAUGAAAACUUCCAGUACACAACAGAGUGAAGAUAGCACAACAAAGACGACAGCACAAACCAAGUCUACAAAAAAGUCAACGAAAUCUCGGGCCAAAUCAACAAAAGCCGAAUCACAAAGUGGAAGUUCAAAUAAAAAUGCAACUGCAUCAACGAGUGGCAAUAGUUCUGGUGGGACAUUAAUAACACAGCAGCAGCACCAACAAGGAACACCAACUACAAAUCAAGUGAAUUUGAUGCCAACUACUCCCACAUCAUCUCUGGGCGGUGGUGGUGGCGUUAGUGGCAGUGUAGGGGUAAAUAUGUUUGAGAGUCCGUCAUUGGCACAAGUUGGUGGCGGAAGUGGUGGAAUGGGUGGUGGUGGUGGUGUCGGUACUACAAAUAGUAAUGAAAUAAAUACUACAUCCAGAAAUCAUCACAAAAGCUAUGUCGGUUUGGAGCCUCGUUCUAUUAAAAUUAUUUGGGAACAACAUGAUCAAAGUGAUAUCGAGUUGUCAACGGAGGUGUGUUCUCGUGUAGCAGAGGACGUAUCCUACAAACUAUGGGAAUUGGUUAAUAAUAUAAAAACAUAUUCUCGUCAUUCUGGGGGAAUUGUCACAUACGAUUUGGUAAAUGAAGUCCUCAAGGAUUCCGAUGUACCCCCAUGUCUGGGAGCCAUGGAUAGUGAUUGGGAUCGUAUUGAUUAUGAUGGCAGUUAUUUCUUCUACUCCGACAAAAUACUGGAAUUACGUGAUGAAUAUCAGCGAGAAGUUUCUUACAGCAUACCACAUGGUCCAGAUUUUAAGAGUUAUUGGCCAGUGGAUGACAAAUACAUGGAACAAAUAAAGAAAUAUGUGCCAAGUCUGAUAUAUGCUACAUUAAAUGGCAAUCCCGAUGAAUUAGACACUACCCUAACUGAGGCUGCCUUUAGCCCAAUAAUUGGUUCUUGUUAUCGUCUAAUUUUGGCCAAAAUUGUACAGAUUAUUGCUUUUAAACAGACCAACGAGAUAAGUUCUAGAUGUUGGCGUUUGCUAAGGGCACUAUCAUCAAAUCCGCGGACUCGAGAUGUUGAUAGUCGGGAGGAGUAUUACCAUUUGUCGGAAAUACUGGUGUGCCAGUUGUUGGCACCAUUUGAAUCAAUUAAAAUUCAAAAUAACUCAACGAAAGAUGAUCUAAAUGCCCAACAUGAUCCCAUAAAAAUGGAAAAUAAUCUUGGCUUUGAAGCCAAUGGUGUUCAUCAUUCGACCAUGCAACAAGAUAUGAAUGUAAUACAGGUUGGUAGUGGUAGAGCAGAUGAUAACUGUGGAAAAAUAUUUAAACUUGAACCCGACAAUGAUGAGGAAGAAAUAGAUAUCUCAUCCAUUUGUGAUGAAAGUAUUUCGAGUUUACAGACAUCUCAGUAUUUUGCCACACCUGUGGAGUGGGAAUUUGUUGACGAACUAUGUGAAACAUUGGGUAUGUUGGGUGGCUUAAAUGGAUAUUUCCAAAGUGAGUGUUUAUUUCACAUACUAAGGCGAUUAAAAAGGUUCUUCAGAGGACGGGUAAUACAAAAGGAAAGAGACUACAACUACAUCAGCAGAUCGGUGAGAGGCCUCAUUGCCUUGGGCGAAUAUGCAUUUCGGGAAUUUAUACCAUUUCUAUAUGAACUCAAUGUGGAUGAAGUGCCCGAAUCUCUAUGGAAUGACUUCAAUCUUUCUGCGGUAUUCUUAAAUGGCAACGAUGAUAUUUUCCUCUACGAAUGGUUGCAGGAAGUUUGUGGUGGGGACAAAUUGCAACCCUUUCUCACCUACUAUGCCCAGUUUUAUGAAAAAUUCAUAAAGUAUCGUUUCGUUAGGAAGAAAAAAAGCACGUUUAAGAUCAAUCCCAAGGUGGGAGUGCGUCGCUUAGAAUGGAAUGCUUUGGCUGCAGCCAUGUGUCAUGGCGAUGAUCCCAAUAAGGCAUUGAAACCCAAGCCAUUGCUGAAUGACUUAUUUCCCGAAUUAAAACCCAUUAAUCCGAAAUUGAAUCGGGCCGGAAAUAUACGAUUCAAGUUUGCUGGAUGUCGUCCCGUGAUUUUGAAGCCUAAAAAUAAAUUUGGACAGCUUGCCGGAGAAAAUUCCGUCUCAACUUUAAAUGGAUGUUCCGCAAGUGAUGUUCUAAUUGCAAAACGCAGAUUAUAUAAACCUUUAACAAAUGAAAGAGCGAUGAUACCGCUUUGUAGUUAUUAUUAUGUGAAAAUAUAGUUUUUGAAAUCACAA